UUGUUGCCAUGACAGCUAUUCAAAAGCUGUCAACGACGUCGUAAACAAAAGCGUAUAAUUUUGUUAUUUACACGCAAAAAAUGUCGGAUAAAACGAAAUCUUUCGCCGCCCCGCCGCCGAAAACAUCUAAAACGAAGCGUCCGACAACAGUCAGCGUUUCUGCAUCGUCAUCGCGAACUCGUGUGCCACAAACUGCCGUGAAGGAAAAACCCCUUUCGCGCCCUAGAACAACCAAAAAUACAACGAUUUUGGGUGAUGGAGACACUACAAUGCUCAAACAAGAUGCAGUAUUACCUCAGUUCGAUGUUGAACAGCGGCAGAUCGCGUAUGGAAAGUUUAUGCGAGCCAUGUUGGAAGAAUGUUUGGUUGACGAGAAGAUUGAACGAGAAGAGACGCAAAUGGACAUUCAGAUGGGACUGCUAGCUGAUAGGUUCCAGAAAACCAUAGACCACCUCGAUAAGACCAACAGGAGGCUGAAGGAUAUCAACUUUGUUACAGAACAAAAAAGGUUGAUAGACCUAAAGAACAACCACUGUGAUGAUUUCUACAACCUCACAAAGAACUCGAACGCACAGGAACUUGUAUUCAACUUGAACGCAAAAGAGCAGGCGUCACUAGACAAGCUACAUACUAAGAACGUAGACUUCGGUUACACCAAAGAAUCUGGACACAAACAACUGCUGGAUGCCGUGAACGAUGCCAUCGAAGGCUUGGAACAGAUUAAAAAACACUCCAAGUUAGAUAUGAGCAAGUUUAAAGAGUACGAAAGAUCGGAACGGAGUCUCGAUGACUUAGAAAAGGACCGUUUCGACUUAGAUGCUCUCAAAGCGGACUUUGAAACAAAGUUUCCGGAGUUCAGUGAGCGUUUACUAAAAGAGGCUUCAGAGAGAAUAGCGAAAAUGUUUGGAAACGAAGAAAUUGAUGACGAUGAUGAUUGAUUUUUUUUUUAGUUAUUUUGUGUAUUCGUUAUAUCAGUGGCAGCCCUAGCAAAAUAUUUAGGUGGUGCGAGACCUCAUUUUUCCAUUAAUUUACGGCCACCGAAAUUUCAUCAUCAUCAUCAGCCCAUUAACGUCCCCACUGCUGGGGCACGGGCCUUCCCUAUGGAUGGAUAGGGAGAUCGGGCCUUAAACCACGACGCGGGCCCACUGCGGAUUGAUGGUUAUUAACGACUGCUAAUGCAGCCGGGACCAACGCCUUAACGUGCCUUCCGAAGCAUGGAGGAGCUCGAGAUGAAAACUUUUUUUUGUGGUCACCCAUCCUAUGACCGGCCUUUGCGAAAGUUGCUUAACCUCAACAAUCUUUAGACCGAGCGCGUUUACCGCUGCGCUACCGAGCUCCUCACCGAAAUUUACCUAUUUAAUUUUUUUUAAAUGUCGUUUACAGCCACCUGGUAUGAGUUUUAUGUGGCCGCAAUCUAUCCCGAUAAAGUUCUAGUUUGUGGCCAGGGUGGACCAGUCUUUUUUUAUUUUAGCCCAUAUUUCGGCGCCCGAAUUCGCACGCGCCCUAGGUCCGCCACUGCAUUUUAUUUUGUUAGGUCUGUUUAUUGUUGUAAAUAUUGUGCUUCGAAAGUUUAAAAUUGCAUAAUAAAUUAUUAUACAUUAA